ACAGCAUUGUUUUUGGUUUGAAAAGGAGUUGUAGGAACACAGGAGCCUGUGGUUGGACGCUCUCUGGACCCUCAUUCUGACUGACAGUACUUGACUAGACUAGACUCACUUAUAUUAACACAAACUGACUAAAAACUAUUCUGAUCCAGGGUCCAUUCCAUUUUUGUCUCAUCCAACAUCAUCAUGGCUGAGUCUAGCUUCCCUUUACCACCAGAGGAUUACUGUCCACUGUGUGCGGACGCACUGAGAGAUCCAGUCACCAUCCCCUGUGGUGACACCUACUGCCUGGAGUGCAUCAAGAUCUACUGGGACCAGUUUGACCACAUGGGUGUGUACAGCUGCCCACAGUGCCGUGCAACCUUCACCCCAAGGCCUGUGCUGAGACGCAAUCUACCCGACGUAAACAACGAGCCACGGCGGCAGCGUCCGGAGCUCACACCUUUCCCCUACAUGCACCGGGAGUCCUUCUGUGACUUCUGUGUUGGCCGUCGCAAUAAGGCUGUCAAGUCGUGCCUCAUGUGCCUAGCCUACUACUGCGAAACACACGUCAAGCCGCAUUAUGAGUCGUCCACCUUUAAGAGGCACAAGCUUGUGGAUGAGACUGGCCACCUGGACAGGAAGAUCUGUCCCCAGCAUGAGAAAGGCCUGGAACUGUUCUGUCGCUCUGACCAGAUGUGUAUCUGUGUGCUGUGUACUGUCAGAGAGCACCGCAGUCACAACAUUACCUCAGCAGAAGAGGAGCGCAUCGAAAAACAAAAAGUCCUUGUGGUCACCCAGUCUGAAGUGCAGCACAUCAUUCAGGAGAGGAUGAAGGAGCUACAGGAGCUCAAACAUAAUGUGGAUGUCCUCAAAAGUUGUGCCCAGCGAGCACAGACAGAAAGCGAUAAGACAUUCCAUGAAAUGCUGCAGGCUGUGGAGCGCUGGAAAGCUGAAAUAAAUCAGAUGAUAAUGGCCAACAUGCAGUCAGCAAUGUCACAGGCUGAGGGGUACGUGGACCGUCUGGAGCAGGAGAUACAGGAGCUGCAGCGCAGAGAUUCAGAGCUACGGCAGAUCCUUGAAACAGAGGACAACAUUCACUUUCUGCAGAAUUUUCCAACCCUGUGUGUUCCUCCUGAGGCCAUGGUACCCAAAGUUCUCAUUAACCCUCAGUUCUCCUUUGGAGAGAUGAGCAAGACCGCCACAGAGAUGAAGGAAAAUCUAGACGGAAUCUGCAAGAAGGAAUUGAGCAAAAUCUCCAAGACAGUUAGUGAAACCCCUGUGUACAUACUUUUGCCAAGAAAUGGAGACAAACGGCUUAAAGUUCCUUCAAGAGUUGAUUUUCAGGAGCCAAAAACCCGGACAGACUUCUUAAGAUACUUUUCCAAGAUGUCCUUCGAUCCAAAUACAGUCUAUAAAGAGCUGGUCAUGUCAGACGGGAACCAGAGGGUCACGCGGAAGAAAACAGUCCAAUUUUACCCCGAUCAUCCAGAGCGCUUCGAUGGCUUCUCCCAGGUGCUGUGCAAGGAGCCUCUUACUGGUUUCAGAUUUUACUGGGAGGCAGAAUGGAGCGGCGAGUUCUCCAUCGGGGUGGCCUACAAGGGCAUCAGUCGCAAGGGGAAGAAUUCCAACAGUCUGCUGGGCUACAAUGACAAGUCUUGGAGUCUCCUCUGCUCAGACUCAGGCUACUCUGCCUGGCACAAUAAAGUAGACCGAGACCUUCCCAAUGCUCCUAGAGCCACACGAAUGGGUGUUUACCUGGAUUAUGCAGGCAACACCGUGGCCUUUUACUCAAUAUCAGAGACUAUGGAGCUUAUCCACAGGUUCAAAGCUCAGUUCAGUGAGCCGUUGUAUGCUGGUUUUGGUGUUGGAUCCUCUGUUACCCUCUGCCAGCUGAAACAGAAUCCCGUGCCUUACUAACAUUUCAAAAACAGGGAAGCUGUGGGAAGUCUAUUGUGAAGAGUAUAGAACUCACAGGUACUGUAUACAGUAAGUUAUACAUAUUGAUUGUACAGUGAAUGUAAAGUUAUGGUUCGAAAAAAAGGAUUUUAAACCUUGCUCAUGUAGUUGUGACCUCACACUGCAUGCUCCUGUUAAAAUGUGAUAAUAAUGUCUUACUGAAUGAACACAAUUUCAGAUACAUAUGACAGUGUGGUUAUUUCAAGUAACAAUGCAAUCCUCCAAUAAUAGAAUACUGAUUCGCUCUGUGAUUUUAUGAGCCUUUAUUUUUUUAUUAACUAUAAGUGUAUUCACUUCUAUCUUCACCUGUGGAAGAUUAUCUCUGUUUAAAAUGUUGUCACUUGUGUCCACAUAAA